AUGGAUUUCGUGCUCAGCAUCUUGGGAGGUUUGCAUCGAAAACUAAUUUUUCACACUCAACCAACUCAACGCAAGAGCACAGUAGCUCAGGGGCCGGGUGUGAACCCAGUAGGAAUAACGUUCGAAGCAGAAGUUGACAUCGGGGAGCCCGGACCGUCGUCUUCAAGAGUUUCCUUAGAGCUCACGGAGCGAUGGCGGUCGUCGAGCAUUAGCAAGGACAGUUCGGUGGCUCUACCAUCGGAGGAAUCCGUCGAGACAGCUCCGCUUUCCACGGUUGAAAGCGAUGGAAGCUGUCGAGGUUAUCCUCUUGUUCUGAACUCAACUCGCGGUCUGCGUUUACUCGCAGAGCCUCAGAGUACCACGAGUCUCGGAAGAAUCACACCAUCUAGCAAUGGAGAGUUUUCUACGAAGAGCAAAUCGAGUUUUACAUCGAGGAGCCUGCGGAGGGUUAAUCUUCAGCAUUUCCUGCGACUCAUGAACGGCUUCGGACCCCAGGAGCCUCAUAUGAGCCCAAGGAGUAGAAGACGGAGAAGUCUCAGCAGAUUAAUCGGGGAGGACGCUUCUCCGGAGACCGUCGUAGAUAUGGAGCCAAGGAGACACGCUCCGAAGUCCAUGGUGUGCACACCAGCAUUCAUCAACAAGGUAUUUCUGAAAGACGGAGUGCACGUGAUGCAGCACAACGCAGAAAACUCGCUCGUCGACUACUCCGAGAACAAUUUCGUCCAGGACUGUCUAUUUUGGCACAAUCAUUUCCGGCGGAAACAUCGCGCUCCUUUCGUGCAACUGUCUCACGCACUCUGCGACCAAGCUCAGCAAGUGGCUAAUGCGAUCGCACACACGAAUGACUGCUAUUAUCGGAAGUUGCGAGACAUCGGGCAGAACCUCUACGUCCAAUCAUCGUACACCGAUGAGAACUUCGAUGUCAACGGUGAAACCGUGUGCAAGAGGUGGUACUCAGAACAAAAAUGCUACGACUACUAUUACCACAAGGAGCUCCUUCAUACCCAGGCCUCGAGAUUCACUCAGAUGGUUUGGAAGAGCAGUCAGAAGCUUGGUAUCGGGAAAGCCACAAUCGCAGCGGGAAAAAUCAUCGUAGUGGCCCUGUAUAAACCUGCAGGAAACGUUGCCGGCGAAUUUCACAACAACGUGUUCUCACAGCCAAUCCGGAGGACGGCGUCUUCACUCGGAAGCGCGGGGACGUCUGCAGUCCAGUCUGACGAAGAGUCGUCUCUGAACUCGGUAUUCUGA